AGGAAGGAAGGAAGGAAGGAAGGAAGGAAGGAAGGAAGGAAGGAAAAUCCAGGGGAAAAAAAAAGGAACGUCAGGAAAGGAUCUGUACCUGGACACGAGUUUACAUUAUGCUGCUUUUCGUGCAGCGCUCGGCUGAUCGGCGCCUCUCCCUGCUUGGUUUGUCAGGAUCAAAGGCGCGCGCGAUGCGAGUCCGCCCUAGCCCCGGACCGCGUCUGUGAGCGGACGACACGUGGAAUACACUCAGCCGUGGGAACGGGAGCCUAGAGUCUCAACAUGGUGACCAGAACUGAAUGCAGUAUUCCAUAUAUGGCAAUCACACUUUUGUACUACAAUUCUCAGAAAUUUCUGCAAGAAGAAUGAAGUGUUUCAGGAUCUCUCUAUGGUCCACCUACUUAUUUAUCUAGUUCCCACAAAAAUCCCUUCAUCUGAAGACCAAGAUUUCAGCUUUCAACCACAAGGAUCCAAGCCAGCUUGUGGAAGGACGAGAAGAAAAAAAGAGAGACAGAGACAGAGAGAGACAGAAAGACAUCUGAUAACAUCAGCCUGCCCUGUUUGAUGGAAAUGUCUCACAAUAUGGUGGGAGAAAAUGGCUUCCACUGCACCCACAAACUUAUUUUUUCCAACACACUCAAUUCUGUGGAGAACAGCCCUCCUUUUGACAGCCCCAGUCCCGAGGAAUCCUGCACCACCCCUUUGAGCAAUGGGACGUUCUACUCCAACACAAACAGUCCUUCAGAUUCCUGCAUGAAGCCUCUCUGUGAGGCGAGAUCCCCAAACGAAAACGGGUUCAAUGGCAGCAUUAAAUACGUCUCCACUGAACGGGAGGUCCUGGUGUGUGGAUGGGGAGGCUUCACCCCGAGUUGUUUACAGUUUUUCAACACCCCAAAAGGGGUUCUGUUCUUCCUGUGCGUGGCUUCCUUCUUGCAAGGCAUGACUGUCAACGGCUUUAUCAACACCGUCAUUACGUCGAUCGAACGGCGCUUUGAUCUUCAGAGCUACCAAAGCGGUUUGAUUGCCAGCUCCUAUGACAUCGCGGCCUGCGUGUGUUUAACGUUUGUCAGUUACUUUGGGGGCAAUGGGCAUAAACCACGGUGGCUGGGCUGGGGAGUUUUGAUCAUGGGGAUUGGCUCCCUCAUUUUUGCCUUGCCUCAUUUCACCACCAGCCAAUACGAAGUCCAUUUUUCAGAGGAGAUUGGCACGUGUUCCUCCAAUCAAACUGCGUGGUGUGCAGAAAGUGUCUCCACACUGUCCAAUUAUCAGUUUGUCUUCAUGCUCGGUCAGUUUCUACAUGGGAUUGGAGCAACGCCACUUUAUACCCUUGGGGUGACCUAUCUGGAUGAAAAUGUCAAGUCCAACUAUUCCCCUGUGUAUAUUGCUGUUUUCUACACUGCUGCCAUAUUGGGCCCAGCUGCUGGCUACUUGAUUGGAGGCAUCUUUCUCAAUAUUUACACUGAAGUUGGGAGACAAAUUGAUCUUACACCCGAUAAUUCCCUGUGGGUUGGAGCAUGGUGGAUUGGAUUCUUGGGCGCUGGGGCUGGUUCCCUCUUGAUUUCAGUACCCAUUUUGGGGUACCCUCAUCGCCUCCCAGGAUCUCAGCGCUACACAGUCAUGCGAGUUUCGGAAACCCAUCAAUCAAAAGAUGGCAGCCAUAAAACAGCCUCAGAUCCUGAUUUCGGAAAGACGGUGAAAGACCUGCCACAGUCAUUUUGGCUGCUACUGAAGAACCCAACUUUCAUCUUCCUUUGCUUAGCUGGAGCUACAGAAGCUACCUUGAUUGCCGGGAUGUCAACAUUUGGCCCCAAAUUCCUCGAAUCCCAAUUUAGCUUAAGUGCCUCUGAAGCAGCAACUUUUUUUGGCUACCUUGUGGUUCCGGCAGGAGGUGGCGGCACUUUCCUUGGAGGGUUCCUUGUGAACAAAUUUAAGCUGCGCUGCUCAGGGAUCAUCAAGUUUUGUUUCUUGUGCACCAUGUCGAGUCUGCUGGCAAUUUUUAUCUUUUUUACUGAUUGUCCCAACAUGCCCAUGGCUGGAGUGACCCAGAUGCAUGACGGAAGCAUCUUACUGCAAGGUCACCUCAACCUGUCUGACCCCUGCAACAUGGAGUGCCACUGCCUGCGUGAGACCUACAAUCCCGUGUGUGGGAACGAUGGAAUAACGUAUUACUCAGCCUGCCACGCUGGUUGCAAGAAAGCCUCAAUAAAUCACGACAGUCGGGAAAAGGUUUAUCAUGAAUGCAGCUGCAUUGUUGGACCCAACGCUCCGGUCUCUGGCUUGGCUACGGCAGGGAAGUGUACAUCUUCAUGUGAAAGAAGGACUCUUCUUUUGGUUUUCAUGUUUGUUAUCAUUCUCUUCACAUUCCUAAGUAGCAUUCCUGCGUUGACAGCUACAUUGCGGUGUGUUUCCGACAGACAGCGAUCAUUUGCACUAGGAAUCCAAUGGAUUGUUGUGAGAACACUAGGGAGCAUCCCAGGCCCCAUUGCUUUUGGGUCAAUGAUUGACAAGUCAUGUCUCUUGUGGCAGAGCCAGUGCGGUGAACAAGGAUCUUGUUAUGUCUAUCAGAACUCUGCCAUGAGUCGGUACACCCUGAUCGCCGGUUUGAUAUUCAAGGUGAUGGGCUCGUGUUUCUUCUUACUAGCCUGCCUGCUCUACAAAGCCCCUCCCCCUGAAUCUCUCCAUGGCAGCUCAGCCCUCUCUGAAAAUGGCACCUGUGAUCUGCAGGAGAGCAAAUCUUCACACCAGUCUCCGCAGGGCAACGACAUAUAGCCUUUGGGCUUCAACAGACAACUUUCUCCUACCUGCCCAGAAACUGGGACAAAAUCAUGUCUUACUCUUCUCUUCCUGCAAAGUUUGCUUCUUUUCCCCUUUUGCAGGAAAAAUAAUUUUGUGAAGAUCUCUUAUUGUUUUGUUUUGUUUUUUACAAGCAACAAAAGCACACAGGAAAACUUGAAUCCUAAUUUUCCCUCCCUGAAAAGACGGAAAAAGGAUUUUGAAGAGACGAGUUUCAUUUUCUCACCGAUCCAGGUUGCAAUUCUGAGAUGGUCUUGGGAUAUUGAAAAAACAAAAAGGGAAGUGACAACUCCUGCAGGAUGCUGGAAGUUAUUUUUCCUGAUUUGCUUAGUGAAAGACCCUCAUUUCAGGGAAUGUUUUGAUCUUGUAUUUAGACACCAAAACCUGACCUCAAGAUUUGUGCCAUCAGUUCUCUCCACCUCUUACAGUAUUAAUUUAUUUUAAAAAAGGGCUAAACAUAACUUUAUACCAUUCCUUUAUAAAGCACUAAAGAAGCCAACCACACGCUGGACCAUAUAUUCAAGCUGGUGUAAAAUCUUCUUUGGUAUAAAUACGGUAUAAACAUCGUCUAGCCAACCCAUAGUUUGUUGAUUAAAAAUGUGAAAUCUUUCUUA